UAUAUGAUAUGGAAGAAGGGGUACAUUGAGGGAGAUAACACAAGCAAUACCUGCAUUCUCCAGCUCGUGGUAUCUACUGGGUUGCAUCAUAAGUGGAUAAAAUGCCAUGACUUCCAUGCAAUGGAGGGUUUAAGCUUCUCUAUGGGUUCAUUGGGGAUUUCCAAGACCGUUCUGCCCAUUCAAGGCUUCGGUGCAGCGGUUCUAGGGCUGAUGCUGUUGGUGACAAUGAUCACAGCAGGUUCACCUGCAGCAGUAGACUGGCCUUCGUUGGAUCCCACCAUGUUGGAAGAGUUUCAGGAAGAAGUACCAAGCUGGACUGAAUCACCCUCGGCCUUAUUAGUUUCACACACUGAUGCCUCUGAGCACCUAGAUGACACUACAACUACAGCUCUCCUUUCACCUGGUCCCCUACCACUUGAAUCACCUUCUAGGUCUAGUGACCCCCUCCCCAUUGGUCGAGACCCUCUGUCCACUCCCCCUUUUAGCUUUUCGGAGCCUGCGAUUGGCCUUCAGAAACACCCUGAAGGCCCAGCCCAACUCUCAAUGGACAUGAAGCUCUCUGGGCCUAUCUCAACCAUGGCAGCUACCUCUUCAACCCUUGUUACAGUACCACACCAGAAGCUUCUCGGACCACAGUCCAACAUAUCCACAACACCCUUGAACUUCUCUACAGCCACCAGUGGGACGACGUCUCCACAGUUUAUUGUCCCAAACUCUAAUGAAAGAGGUUCAGAUGAAUCUCCAUUAUUACCCCCCAGCAACCAGCAAGACCCAUCAAAACAGAGAACUCCUGCACUUAUGACAUCACUUCCUGUUGGACCCCUCAACCUGCCUAGACUGCCUAUUGACAAUCUGGUAGAUGUAGCAGCCCUAUCAGACCAAGCCAGCCAAGAGUCUAGACCUAAUCCAGAUGUGUCCCAGAGUUUAGGCGAUCUCUCGCUAGAUCCCAAACUGCCUCUUCAGCCCUCCAGUAUAUUAAUCGAUCUGGAUCACCUGCACCCCAACAGUGAGCUCAUGCAGAAGGAUGAUGCUGCCCAAGGUAUUUACAUGCUUCUGAAGCCAUCGCCUGAAAUGCAGCUGGCUCCCAGCUAUGUGCCUUUCCUGAGCCCACAGACCACGUCCUCCUCAGCCGAGCCCACCAUGGUCCCUACUGAGGACUUCUUCCCCACCAACACCAUGGAGGUGGACUGGGGCUCCGGAGACCACCCGGAGACCAUGUCCUAUAUGGGCUCGGAGGGCGACGACUUCUCCCUGGUCACCAACCUGCCCACAGACAUGUAUGACCUGGAGGACUCCAAUGCGGAACGCUACGACACCUCCUUCCCCUCCAGGGUCGGCGUGUCCUUCUCCUCGAUGCGUCACGUGACGUCUUCACUUAGGCUCAUUACAACUGAUCUCAGCUCUGGUGUUAGUGUGGCCCCGACAUCUGUUCCUCCCUCUAUCCAUCCAUCUCCCAGUCACUCAAUGCUAGCCUCAACACCAACACCUCAAGGUAGUCUACCAGAAGGUUCAGGCGUAGACUGGAUAGAUACCUUCACUGUUGAACCAACAGACCUUCUCCUACCAGACAUGAACAGCCUGGAGUACUACACCAUCCAGCUGACCAAGGAUGACUCCGAAGAACACAGAGGCACCAAUGUGACCACCACCUCCAGACAUUUCUCCUUGAUGUCCAUCAGCACCACCCACAUCAUGGCCACCAGCACGUUCACUGCGGACCCCCGCCACAUGCUCACAGCCUCCUAUGGAGUGGAGGUCCAGCCUUCUGACAACACUACUUGGAUAAAAGAGUCCUCUGAUAUAUCUGGCUCAGAGCCUCUCAAUACGACCACAGCAGACGCCACAGAGAUGACUUCUCUGAAUUUCUCAGUGCCGUUCCUGGAGCCUUCAGUAGCGCCAACCCCCUCCAUGGACCUCUCAUCCUCCCUGUGGGGUGUCACUGGUCAGGUGUCCUCCGGGGAAUGGAUUAGCCCUGUGGCCACCUCCAGUGUCGGACUGGACAGCAGCUCUGUAUUAGUGUCUGUGCAGCAUAGUGCCAUGGCCUCUGAGACAGACAUUCAGUGGUAUGUCACUCUCGUCACUCCUGUGUUGACCACCUCUGUCGCCUUCACCCCAGUGCCUGGUCAGACAGAAUUACCCCCCGAUGUCACCUCAGACCCCAUAGAGCGAGCCACAAAUGCCACCACCUUUCCCCCGGUGUCAGUCAUGGCUGACCAAGGUAUUGAUACGGAUAGUCCUGUCACAGCGGUGACAAACGUCAGCCAGAGUACACUUAGCACCGUAGACACCCCCUCCACAACUGAUCCUGCCACCACCACUACUACUACCACCACCAUCACCACUAAGGCCUCUACAACCACUGCUCUGGCCACCACCACUACCACCACCCCCUUAAACAUAACAACCACAAAGAGCCCACCUACAACCAUUGGCCGCCAGUACCUCUGUAAUGUCACCAAGCCUGUGUACUUUGUUAAAGUCGGUUUCCCCCCUGGGGCCACUGUUGGAUAUGCCAAAUCCCAAAUCCGAGACGUCCUGAAGACUGAAUUCAAUAAGUCAAUUGAACUGCAGGUUGCUAAGAGCCCUCCGGACUUUGUGUUCCGGGCAGUGUCAGGUCCCGUGGUGUUCACAGCCAUAUCUGUCAUCAACGCCCUGCGCCAGUCAGGCCGACGCUUCCAGCCCAUCUCACACUACUGGAAGGUACCAGACCACCAGUACCAAGUCCACUCAGUGCUGCAGUUUGUGCCCAGCCACGUCGACGUGCGAGUCUGCAACUUCAGCGAGCGCAUUGAGAAAGGCCUUACCAUGGCGUACGCCGAAGUGCGCCGACGCACACAGGAGUCCACCAACUUCACUGUGCACAUUGUGAACAUCACCAUGAAUAAGCCCAGGAGUCAGCAGAGGGAGCCAGUGGACGUGACCUUCGCGGUGCGCGAUGCCGUCGGCUACCUGAAGGGGUCAGAGGUCAGCAACCACCUGAGGCUGCUCAACAUGGUGGAGUUCAGCUACUACCUGGGCUUUCCCGUGCUGCAGAUCGCCGAGCCUUUUCACUACCCAGAGUUGAACACCACCCAGUUGCUUCGCUCGUCUUGGGUUAGAACAGUGAUGCUAGGUGUCCUGGACCAGGGGGUGGACGGGCGGACCUUCCAGGCCAAGAUGGAGCGUCGUGUGGCCCUGCUGCUGGGAGAGGUUCUGAAGGCGGCCAGGCGUACCAAGAGGGCCACCAGCGUGGCCAACCACAGUGUUCAGAUUGUGAGUACGACCAGGCUGGUGGGAGCGGACCACCCUCUGGAUAUGGUGUACUUUGUGGACCAGCUAGGACAGCGGUUGCCUGCCAUCACCACAGCCAACAUGCUGAACAGACUGGAUGUGCAAAGGGCAGCCAUCGUGCUGGGCUACAGAGUACAGGGCAUCCUGGCUACACCUGUGGAGAAGGUGGCAGGGUACCCUCCCCCAGACACGGAGAACACCAGCAUGUGGAUCAUCAUAGGCGUGGUGGUGCCGCUAGGCGUGGUCAUCGUCAUCAUCUCCAUCCUCUACUGGAAGUUGUGUCGCACCGACAAGUUGGAGUUCCAGCCCGACGCCAUGACCACUGUCCAGCAAAGACAGAAGCUCCAGGCUCCCAGUGUGAAGGGCUUUGACUUUGCCAAGCUGCACCUGGGCCAGCACAGUAAGGAUGACAUCAUGGUAAUCCAGGAGCCUGGUGCCCCUGGGCCCCCACCACCCAACUCCAACACCAAGGAGACUGCCGCCACCUCCAAGAACGGUGAGGUCCCCACCCCCAGGUCGAAAGGGACCUCCGUCUCCUCCACCAAGGCGUCCCGCAGCACACGCAGACGAGGAAGGGACAGGAUCUCUCCCUCGGACAGGGACUCCAUGGUGAGCGCUGGGUCCGGUGAUCGUGAGAAGGAGUUAGCCGAGGAGAACCUGAGAGCCUUCGCCAUGCCCAACGACAGCAAGCAGGCCCGCAAGAUCCCAAUCAAUGUUUUAAAUGGCAAGUGUCCAUGGCAACAUUGGAUCACAUCCAUGCUCUCACGUCCUCCUCCCAUGAACGGCCAUGACGAGCAUCUCUCCUCUGCCUCAAUCUUUGAGCAUGUGGACCGCAUGUCGCGCUCGGCCGACGGCACCCGUCGCCUGUCCAAUAAGAUUCAGCUGAUCGCCAUGCAGCCCAUGGCUGUCCCGCCCCAGCACCACAGCCCCACUGUCAACGGUAUUAACGGCAGAGGGCCAGAGACACACAGCAGCUUUAACAAGGAGAUCCAGGUGGCGUUGAGGCAUAAGUCUGAGAUCGAGCACCACCGUAACAAGAUCCGUCUGCGGGCCAAGAGGAAGGGUCACUAUGACUUCCCUGCCAUGGACGACAUGGUAGACAAUGGUCUGACCACUGACCCCAAGGACCAGGACCACAUCUACCACAAGGCCCAGAUGCAGAUCGACAAGAUCCUGGACCCUGACAUCCACAUGCCCUCACUGUUCAUGGAGCCUAAAAAGAGUGGCAGGGGGAGGCGUUCUCCCAAGCAGAAGAAGAAGCACCAGCUGAACGGCAGCCUGACUGACGCAGACAAGGACCGCCUCAUCUCCAACGACAGUGAUGGCACCUACAGGAAAUACCCUGGGGUCAACAACGUGGCCUAUGUGUCGGACCCUGACCAGGCCCCAGAGUCUGGGACCCCCUCCCCCAACGGCGACGUGUACCUGGGCCACAUCUCGCCCCCUCCGGGGCACGCUCCUCCCCCGCCCCCCUACAUGCCCCCCCAGCCCUCCAUCGAGGAGGCCAGGCAGCAGAUGCACUCCCUGCUGGACGAUGCCUUCGCCCUGGUCUCCCCCACCUCCCAGGGCAGCACGGCCGGCAUCACCCUGCCCGGGGUCAACUCCAACCCCCCCAGCUCCAGCCCCCCACCUCGUGGUGGAGCCCGCCCCUGGGGUACUACCUACCCAGCCCUCAGCCCUUUCUCCUCAAGAUACGCUGAGUUAGGAAUGUCCCCUCCUUCACUCCAAGGCUUACAACAGAGACAGGGCCUGGGCUUCAGCUACCCACCAGGUGACCCAGGACAUGUUGACCAGCUCCCCCCAGAGAGCCACUACUCCACCAGGGGCCUGUACACUGAAGACCUGCCCUCGUCUACCAGGCCACGGCCAGUAGGGGGCACCACAGGUAACCAGCUCAAUCACCUGAACCAGGUGGAUCUUGGGAGCCGGAUCAAGGGGGGGUACCCAUUGGGGGGCAGGGCACCUCCAGGUCAGACUGGAGGCUCAGGUUGGGCACCCUACUCUGACGGUGACUUCAGACCCACCAGAGACCCUGUUCUUCUGGGCUACCCUGACUCCUCCUCUAUGUUCCAGAUUCCUAGUAGGAGUGCCCUAAGGGAGCCCUCUGCCCACCUGGACAUCUACCCCCCCGAGGAGUCCUCUCCCCCCAACCACUCCUCAGCCUCCCUCAUCAAGGCCAUCAGGGAGGAGCUGCUGCGCCUCUCCCAGAAACAGCAAGCCGUGCCCAGUUACCACAGCUGAGACAGACGGCCUCCUCUGGUCCUCACUGAACCUCUACUGCUACAUCCACCAGUCAUACCGCUGCCCCUGCCUGCCUGCUCCAACCUAGCAAUGCUUCCCAUGGAAGUUCCUUUGUACAGGAGAGAGACAGUACUGCUGGGCUGCGUCAAGGUGGCUAUUGGCAAACUAGACCAAACUGAAUGAGAUGACAUCAUAUAUGCCACUAGUAGCCUAAGCAUAGAUGGGGUCAUUAUAUGAAUGACCUGUUCUCUAAGCUCUGGCUCUCUGACCCAGACUCCUGUCUCUGACCCAGACUCCUGUCUCUGACCCAGACUGUCCUAUAGCAUACAGUGUACUACAGUAUAAGUGACCCUAGAGGUUUAAGGGAGAAGGUGUGAACUGAAUGGUUGGCCAUGACCACUGAUCCCUGCCCAGUUGUUUUUAAUUUGAGGUGUUGUUGCUUUUGUUCUUUUUAAACAGCAGUCUAGACUGUGUGUGUGUGAUGAUGAUGAUAAUAAAUGUAAAUGUAAAUGUAAA